AUCUCAUAUAUAAACUGUCUGGUGUUAUCUUGCAGUUGCUACAAAAGACGUUUGGCAAGUCUCCGAGUUUGUGUGCCUUGUUCGUCCCCAGAGAAGAAAGAUAACUCCUUUUGCUGCAUCUCAUGCUCUGUUACUUCCAGUCUUUCUCAAUGCUCCAUUUGAUGCAAUGAAAAAUAUAACAAAGGGUUGGGUCCUUGCCUAGAGUUGAGUCACAACCGUCACGGAAAAAUGAAAACAAAUGUCAUUGUGUUGGCAUUAGUCCUUACUUCGGCGGCUUUAUUUCUUGUAUCAUUUGUGGUUGGAGUUUUCUUAUGUAUUUGUUAUCGGAGAGCAACAAAAUCCGAAAAGAAUGAGGCUGAAGAAAACAUAGAACUAAAAGAUCAUUUUUCCAUAUGGAGUUAUGAUGGAAAAUUAGUGUACGAAAAUAUCAUUGAAGCCACUGAGGAGUUUGAUGACAAAUAUGUCAUUGGAGUAGGAGGGUCUUCGUCUGUUUAUAAGGCUAAAUUAUCCACAGGACAGAUUGUUGCUGUGAAAAAAUUUCAUGCUAUACCCGACCACGAAACACUCGAUUUAAAAGCUUUUACAGCUGAGUUACGGGCUUUGGCAGAAAUUAAGCAUCGUAACAUUGUCAAGUUACAUGGAUAUUGUUUACAUCCACGUUUCGCCUUUUUGGUUUACGAGUUCCUAGAGGGGGGUAGUGUGGAUAAAGUACUAAACAAUGAUACACAUGCAACAAUGUUUGAUUGGAACAAGAGGGUGAAGGUUGUUAAAGGCGUAUUGAAUGCUUUGUAUCACAUGCAUCAUGGUUACUCUCGUCCUAUUGUUCAUCGUGACAUAUCAAGCAAGAAUGUUCUAAUAGAUUUUGAUUAUGAAGCCCAUCUCUCUGACUUUGGAACAACUAAAAUCUUGUAUCAUAAUUCAUCCAAUAUUACAACGUUUGCAGGCACCUAUGGGUAUGCUGCACCAGAGCUUGCGUAUACUAUGGAAGUGAAUGAGAAAAUUGAUGUGUUUAGUUUUGGAGUGCUUUGUUUGGAAAUACUAAUGGGAAAGCAUCCAGGAGAUCUCAUUUUUCCAUUAUAUUCAUCCUCUGAAACGUCAUCAGUGUCGAAUUUGCUGUUAAAGGAUGUGUUGGAUCAACGACUACCUCAUCCGGUGAAGCCAGAUGUUGAGGAGGUGAUAUUGAUUUCAAACGUAGCAUUUGCUUGCUUAAGUGAAAAUCCACGUCUUCGUCCAAACAUGAAACAAGUUCAUAAUGAGUUUCUGAUGCCAAAAUCAUAUCCAAUGGAUUCACUCCCCUCGGUCACACUUGGUCAACUCAUAAAUUAUUGAACCUUUUUUUUGUGUGUGUGUGUUGUAAGCUUCUUUUUCUUCUUCAUUUUUUUCGUACACUAUUUUUAUCAACUUAAAUUUAUUGAAUAUAACAAAAUUGUACUGAUUCUUUUUGU